AAGGAAAACGAGAACAAGGACAGCAACAAGGACAAGAACAAGGGCAGCAGCAAAAACAAUAAUAAGAAAAAGAACAACGUGAAAAGCGAAAAGGCGUCGGUGAACCAUGCGGAAGAGAACUCCUACCUUGACGAUUAUUCCCUGGACGCCAGGAAAAGUGCCCUGGAAGAGAGGGAAAGGAGAAUGCAUCUCAAGGAGAGUUAUAUUAAGCAAAUGAGACUACCCACCUAUGUAGACGAUGAGUCCAUCCUCUUUGUUAACAAUCCCAAUUACGUCAUGGUGUUGCUUUUCCUAACAGUGUACAAAGAUAUCCUCAAGAUGACAUGGAAUUUCAAAGACAUCGAUGAGAUGUUUCAGAAUAAAGAGACCACCGAAUUUGGCAGGACGUUCAUCCUCAAAUUAUUUUUUUUUCUAGGAAGGUAUUUUAACUCUAAGUCGAUAUUUAUGUACAAAUAUAUUUCUCGCAUUUUUGAGGAUAAGCAGGAGUCCCUGAUGAGAGUCGUAAACUUCAAUGAGCUUUUCCCUGUGAUGGAGGGGAGAAGAGACAGGAAGAACAAAUCGGGAGCUGGUGGCGGCACGUCGGGUGGGGGCAGCAGUUCCAAGAAGAAGAAGAAUGACAAGAAGAAGCAAGCCAAGGCGCAGGAGGAUAUCAAGGCGGAGGAGCUCUUAGACGAGGUGAACGAGGAGAUGAAUGAAGAUGCGAAUGACGACGUGAAUGAGGACUUGAAUGAGGACGGGAACGAGUUCGACGAGGAGGAGCCCGAUGGGGAGGACGACGAAAAUGACAGUGAGAAUGAGAAGGAGAACCACUUGGACGAAGCGAUCGACGGGGACGACGCCGAGGACUCAUCCGAGGCACAGGGCCGUUACCCCCCUUCGGAUGAAGCGAAAGACGCAAGUGACGCGGAUGACGCCGGUGACGCGCGUAAGAAAUCGAGCAGUCACGGCAAAGCGGAGAAGUCUCACAGGGACAGGAGCCCCCAAACGGGGGAGCCCCAAGGAGAGGACGAAUCCUCGUUGGGCGACGCAGACGACGGUGCUAAGAGGAAAGGCUCAGGAGCAGACAGAGAACGUAGAAGGACCAGAUCGAGCGAAGGGGAAGCUCUCCAGGCGGAGAAGAGCGACACCACGGAAGCGGUUGAGGCGAUGCAAAAGGCAUUUAUCGUAAGAACGACGCGACACGGAGCGAUCACUAGAAAGGCCACCUCUGCGGCGGAGAAUUCUACUAACAGUAGUAAUACUCUCGGGGGGACGGCGAACAACGAAAAUGGUCAGCUCAUGGACGGAGUGAAGAACGAAGACCUGCAAGAUAACAAACGAUUGAGCAAAAAGCUGUUUCUCGAGUGGGACGACCUCACCGUGAUCUCAAAAUUGAGGAUCAUUAGAAUGCUUCUCAAUUUAGUCCUAUGCGAAAGUAAUAACUUAAAGAAAAUGUUGACGGAGGAAAAAAUAAACUACAACAAUGGAUACCUCGGGAAGGUAAACAAUGACAAAUAUUGGCUCAUCGUAAAUGACACCAUUGACAUCGAAUUUAAGUUGUACGUGGAGAAGGAGGAGAAAGGGACUUUCGAGUUCCUUUGUGAUGAUGAUAAUGUCUUGUACAACAUAGGAUAUAAUCUGUUGAAAGAUACCCAAACGAAGGUAAUGGGGGAGACCAUCAUCGAGAGGUAUAAUAAAAUAUGCAGGGAAAGAAGAAACAGAAGUCGAAUUCUGAAGCAGCAGAAGAAGCUCUGUUCUGACCUUAAUCUGGACGGUGGUUCGUUGAUACUAUCAAAGAAGAGGCAGCAUAAGCAGGUAGAAGACUUCAACUUGGACAAUGAUAAGAUGAGAAAGAAAAAGAAUGAAGGUGGUGGUAGCAUGUACGGAGGGGGAGGUAGUAGCUAUGCCUCUGGUGUUAAUGCCAACAAUCCGUAUGCUAUACAGAAAAUUAACUACCAGAAGAAUGAUCGUUCGUUUAGGUUGGCGGCGAGGAAUGCUCAGAAGGGUAGCGGCUUCGUGGGAGAGUUGGACGGAAUGGACAAUCAGGCAUACCUGCAGAGUGGAAGUGGUCUUGUUGGUAUGGCUUCCUCUAUUGGCAAGGGUGGAAUUGGGGAGGCUUCUCUCAACAAAAGUGUCGGUGGGACGGCCGUAGGGGGAGUACUAUUAGCAGCUGGGGGGGUAGCUGCCGGGGCGGUUGGCGGAGCAAUAGGCGCGCUGAAGAAUCUCCACGGUCCGAACGCAGGUGCGAUGGGCACGGGAAGUAUCGUGAAAGUCCCUCAGAAGAGAGGCCGCAAGAAAAAAUCGGAGAAAAAGAAGAGAGGACGAAAGAAAAAGAUUCUCACAGAAGAGGGAGCACUCGUAGGAGGGGCAUCUCCUUCAUGCGCUGUUGGAUCCAUAGCCGGGUUUGUCUACCACCCGAAUAAUCCCCUUUCAGCAGUAACGCAGGGCAACGAAGCGAAGAAAGCUACGGGCACCUCCACCAGGGUAAGAAAAACGCCCUACACUAAGAGAGCCACCAAACCAGCUGUUUCUAUUAAGUACGGAACUAGAAGCCACUCCAUAAUUAAACCUAGAGGUGAUACGAUCCAUUACAGCGACUUUUCUAUGAAUCAUGGAGUAAAUCAUGAAUCUCUCUACAAUAACGGUACUAUGGAUGCAAAGUAUUUUAAUCCUACUAUGCACGUUAACAGUUUUAUUAGCCCUAAUAUGAACACCCCCUUUGGCAUGCAGACUAAUAUGCUUAACAUGAGGGGGACCAAAAUGGAUGGCAGCCCCCCCGGGAAUUACAACUUCCACUACAUGUACAAUCCGCAGCCGUAUGGGCAAUAUUAUAUGUACAUGUUGAACAAUGCCGCCGCUGGGGGGAUGUACGGUCAAAAUGGCGGUGCGCCACCGGGGAGCGGUGUUAGCGGGGUGAGCGGCGGUACUGGCAAGGAGAUCAAGAGCGAGGGGGGGUCCGCGGCAAAUGGGACACCCAUAAGCACAGGAAGCAUCAUCAAUAGCAGCGCCAUGGGUCCCGGUGGCAAUGCCGGAACGAAGGGUCCCCUGAGUGGCAACACCCAGGAGGGCGAAGGGCCCAAUGAGAUGAGUGGAACCGGGAUGCCGGGUUCGUCCAUGACGAGUCCUAUGGCGACCCCUAUCGCGACGCCGAUUUCUGGCCCCAUUAAUAUGAUGAACACGGUAAGCGGCGCGGACGGGGGGGUGAGCAGCGGCAUGAGCGGCGGAAUGAACAGCGGGAUGAACAGCGGGAUGAACAGCGGGAUGAACAGCGGGAUGAACAGCGGGAUGAACAGCGGGAUGAACAGCGGGAUGAACAGCGGGAUGAAUUACCUGGACCCUAUGAACAAGUACCCGCCGUACAUGCUAAACAGAAACGCAAUGAAUAACAUGCCAUCCAACUCUAUGUAUAAUAACAUGUACAAUUUGAAGUUCCCCUAUAUGAAUAACGACAUGAUGAACUAUAAUUACAAUUUGGGAAAUUUCCAAAAUAUGAGUUACGAUAAAAUGAACAAGGCAGGGGGGGGAGCAACAGCGCCAGGAGGAGCGGGACCACCAACAGGAGCAAACGGGGCAACUGGAGCAUCAGGACCACCAACAGGAGGCGGCGGAGCAGGGAUCGGAUCCGUAGCAGGGGUGUUCAAGAGGUAUCCCAAUUUCCUGGGUGGAGGUUUAGCACCCCCCUACAGCAAUAUGAACAGCCCCUAUGGUAACUUCAACGCGUACAAUAUUGGUUAUCCGAGGAAUGAAGCGUAUGACUCGAUCCCCCCAGGGGGGGCGGGAGCAGCGACAGGAGGGGCUGUGACACCAGGGGCUGACCCCCUUAAGAGCAAAUUGCCGAAUCUAAACGCCAGCGAGAGUAGUACCAAUGUGACAGGGGCCACUACCGGAACGGUCGGUUCCUCAGCUGCAGGGUUAAGCGGUUACCACGUGACCAAUGUGAGAAGCCGAAUUGGUAACAGUGACAUCAUGCAGAGCGUGGCGCUAGCACAGGAGAAGCCAACACACUUCGUCUCAUCAGCGGCCCCGUCUGGUGUUAAUUCCGCACCGGGGGAGGCAAAUCAGAAGGAAGAGACAAAUCGAAUUGAAAACGUAAUGAACUAUAUGAUGAUGCCCUCAGGAAGUAGCACAGAUAUGAGUCAUGGUACCAAUGCAAAGAAUACCACUUCAAUGGCUACCUUACAAAACAACGUUGUUCAGAAUGGCCUCAACAGUUCAGGCAUAUUAUCAGGAGGGGAUAUGUCCGCUCCCGGCUGCGGCGCUAACGGAAGGGAUACAUCACCUAUGAUGGCGAUGCCGUAUGGUGGUGUCCGAUUGGAAAAUUCAGGCAUGAAUAAUCACCCGAUUAACCACCACUCCCACGCGCAUCAUCAGCAUAAUCCGCCUAAUUCGCAUCCUCCGCAUCAGCAGCAGCCCCUUUACCCCGGUGGAGCUCCCGUGGAAGGAGGCAUAAAUCUGAAUGUAAGUGGCCCAAGCGGAAAUAACUACCCGCCCAUGCAUUACGGAAGCGCAAACAACCAGAGCUGUAGCUUACCAAACACCGCGGGGCAAAUCUCCUUGAGUAGUGUUAACAAUAACUUCGCAAUGGAUGGAGGCAGUUUCGUCGUACCCAGUGGAAGUGCAGAGACGUAUGGGAACAAAGAAGCGAUGCAGGGGCUGCCAUUCAACGAGCAGGUGGGUUUUGGUGGCACGAAUGAGACGACAAACGUGGGAGGAACAGGCGCACCGAUGACUGGGGCGAACGAGGGGAAUUGUAGCGCUUAG